GGUUGAAUUUGGUGUCCGAAUAAUUACUCUCCUGCAGGGGAGAGUGGACGCCCAUGCUUCAUAAUCUAGACUAUAGAUGCCACGACCCUACCAAGAAAUUUUAAAUGAUCUUCUCCUUAAAAAUCACACUUCUUCUUCCAUCUCAAACAGCCCAUAUAGAAGUUCAAACAAGGAAGGAAAGGAACACAUACUCUCUUUCUCUCUCUAACCAUGGAGCUCUUCAUAGCCAUCUCUCUCCUCCCUCUCCUCUACUCCAUUUUCCAACUCCUCAAAUUAAUCUUCCAAAGAAAACACCGACACUGCUACAUGCUGGCUUACGAGUGCUACAAAGCCACCGAAGACCGGAAGCUCGACACCGAGCUCUGCGCCAGCAUCAUCCUCCGCAACAAGAACCUCCGCCUGGACGAGUACAAGUUCCUCCUUCAAACCAUGGUCAACUCCGGGAUCGGCGAAGACACAUACUCCCCCACCAUGGUCUUAUCGGGCAAGGAAGACUGUCCUUCCCUGCCGGACGCGUUGGCCGAGAUGGACGAGAUCAUCUUCGACACGCUCGACGGCCUCUUCUCCCGGACGGGCAUCCACCCGUCCGAGGUGGAUAUCCUGGUCGUGAAUGUGUCGUUGCUCUCGACCGUUCCGUCACUGACGGCUCGGAUUGUGAACCGGUACAAGAUGAGGGAGGAUGUGAAGGUGUUUAAUCUGGCCGGAAUGGGGUGCAGCGCCAGCCUUGUGGCCGUUGAUUUGGUGCGGCAGUUGUUUAAGGUUCACAGGAAGGCGUUGGCUGUGGUCGUGAGCACGGAAUCAAUGGGACCAAAUUGGUAUUGCGGCAGAGAAAGGUCAAUGAUGCUCUCCAACUGUCUCUUCCGAUCAGGCGGCUGCUCAAUGCUCCUGACAAACGACGCAGCCUUGAAAAACCAGGCUAUUUUGAAGCUCACGUGUAUGGAACGCACACAUAUGGGAGCAGACGACGAGGCCUACGAAUGCUGCAUGCAAGUCGAAGACUAUCUCGGACACAAAGGCUUCCGCCUCACCAAGCGACUCACCAGAGCGGCAGCUAGAGCUUUCACCGUGAACCUAACAACCGUAGUGCCUAAAAUACUACCGCUACACGAACUAAUUCGAUACAAAAUCGCAUCCCUUCGGCGGAAUACUAAAGGAACCAACAACAACCGCGAAUUGGAAAAAGUCGGAGUUGGUUUGAAUCUCAAGACGGGGAUCGAGCACUUCUGCAUUCACCCGGGCGGGAAGGCGGUCAUCGAUGGAGUCGGGAAGGGCCUGGGGUUGAGUGACUAUGACAUUGAACCGUCUCGAAUGGCGCUCCACCGGUUCGGGAACACGUCGGCGGGCGGGUUGUGGUAUGUUCUGGGGUACAUGGAGGCUAAGAAGAGGCUGAAGAAGGGGGAUAGGAUUUUGAUGAUUAGCUUUGGUGCAGGGUUUAAGUGCAACAACUGUGUGUGGGAGGUGAUGAGGGAUUUGAAAGAGGGAAAUGUUUGGAAAGAUUGUGUUGAGAGUUACCCACCAAAGGAUAAAGUCAAUCCUUUUAUGGAGAAGUAUGGGUGGAUCAAUGAUGAGGGUCUGGGUCUUAGCUUUAUUAGACUUGAUUGAAACAGGCGAUCAUCUUCUUCUUGGAUUUCACUCUAGAGUUUUAAGUCUCCCCUGUUUUCAUCUUUUUCCAUUUUCAGUGUUGUAUUCAGUUUCAAAUAGUCUACUAAAUGCAACUUUAGAACAUAACUGCAUCUAGAACUGUUGGAUGCAUCGAGCGGCUCCGGAUGCCAUUGUGUCAGGAGUUGUUUUUUAAAGUUGAGUUCGUUGUAUUGCUCAUUGUUUUUUGUGAUGUCCACCUUUGCAACUCGGAUUCGCAAAUUGAUUAGGUAAACUACUUGAUCAAU